AUGGCGGCGUCUUCUUCCUCCUCCUCGGCCGGAGGCGUUAGCGGAAGCUCGGUGACGGGUUCGGGAUUCAGCGCCUCCGAACUUAUCCCUCCCAGGAAGGUCCUGUACACUUAUCCCAAAGGAGCUGGCGAAAUGAUGGAAGACGGCUCAGACAGGUUUUUAUGUGAGUCGGUAUUCAGCUACCAAGUGGCAUCGGCACUAAAGCAGGUCAAACACGAUCAACAAGUUUCCCGCAUGGAGAAGCUGGCAAGUCUGGUCGAGGAGCUGGAAGCGGACGAGUGGCGGUACAAGCCAAUCGAACAGCUCCUGGGGUUCACGUCGUCGUAAACAAAAGCGCAUACCGACACGCCUUUUGGGGUUUUGGACAUCAAGGAUAUAUAUUCUUUUGUAUUUUAUCUAAUAAAAAGUGAUGGCAAAAGUA